AUGUCGAAACCAGACAUGGCAAUCGGAUGGGGCCGUCCCCUGCCAGAGGCCAACACACACCCAACCGUUUGCCAAUUUCUUUCAAAAUCUGUACAGGAACAUGGAGAUAAAACGGCAAUCGUCUCACGAUGGCAGCCGAAUGGACUGUACCCUGAGGUCAAAGCUCCCACAGAUUCACCACUGCAGUGGAGUUAUAAGGAGCUCUAUCAUGGUGCUUCCUUGCUCGCUGCUGCGCUCCACCGACGAGGUGUCCGGGAGGGGAUGCCUAUUGCUGUUUUUUUGCCUAAUGGCGUUGAGUGGGCGUUGACCUUCUGGGCUUCCAUAAUCAUUGGCGCCCCCUUCGCGUCUUUGGAUAUGCGCAGCCUGAAGAAGCCCGAGGAAGCCGCUCUGUUGAUCCAGAGUUUGAGCCCCGGGGCAAUAAUUGUUGCAGAUGGUGCAACAGCACACGCCUUGAACAACGAUGGCGAUUACCUACUCCCAGCCAUGGCUGUGAAGGUGUUUGCCGGUAGUCAUGGCUCAAACGAGAGUAUUUCGGAGUGGGACUGUCUCGGAUCCCUACUGGCCGAGCCGAAAUCAACAAACGAGCUACAUGAAGCCAAAGCAACCAGUGACAGGAAUGCUCCAGUGCUAAUCUGCCAUACAAGUGGAACGACCAGUCUGCCCAAAGGCUGCCCUCAUACGAGCGAAACGAUUUGGGCGGCAUCAAGCUGCAGCAUUGUCAUUCGCCAGAUAACCGCGGCCACCUCUCUACUACAACAUCUUCCACUAUCGCACGUUCUGGCGAUCAUGAAUCUCAUCUCCUUCUGGCGUGUUGGCGGCAAAGUGGUCUUUCCCUCUCCAUCGUUCGACCCCAAAGCAUCCAUUGACUGCCUUGAAGCAGAAAGAUGCACUCACUUGUCUGCCGUUCCUCCCGUGCUUCUUGCAAUGGUCCAUCAUCCUUCAUUUUCACCCGAGAAGACUGGUUGCCUUCAAAAUGUGGCCCUUGGAGCGACUGUAAUCACUAGAGACACAUUGGACCUGACUUUGAACAAGGAGAAGCUUGCCGCACAGUCGGUGACGCUUGGAUUCGGCAUGAGUGAAGGCAUGAACACAAUUGCCUUCCUAUCAGGUGACGAGAUCAUCUUCAACGAGGAUGGCAUUACCAGCGUGGGCAGGGUCACGAUGGGGGCAGGUGUCAAAAUAUGCGAACCUGGGACCCGUAAAGUACUGCCUAUUGGAGAAAGUGGCGAGCUUCAUCACGGUGGACCCCAUGUCCUGGCCCAGUAUCUUGAUGGCAAUCGCGAUGGAUUUUACACGGAUGAAAAUGGCCAUCGAUGGAUUGCCACAGGCGAUCAGGCGAUUAUGGAUCAAUCAGGAGCUAUUUUCAUCACGAGUCGGUACAAAGACGUGAUUAUUCGCGGUGGAAAUAACAUCUCGCCUGCCGUGAUUGAGCUAACCAUUAACAAGAUCCCAGGAGUCACGGCGCAAGUCGUCGGUGUCCCUGAUUCGAUCGCAGGAGAGCGACCUGUGGCUGUUUUGCAGAUAUACGGAGACGUUGGCGAUGUCAAGAACUCGGUCAGAGACACGGCGCGUAAAGUGUUGCGAGAUGAAACCUGUGAUGUUGAUGUUGUCACUCUUCAAGAACUGGGUCUGGAAAAGUUCCCCAUGACUACGUCCGGAAAGAUCAAAAAGGGCGAACUCAAAUCCAUGGCAUGGAAUUACCUGAAAAGCAAGCAGUCCGGGGACCUUUUCGAUUCCGAAGAGACACCUUCAUCGCCUGGCCAUCGUGAUCUGGAAACGAUCUUGUUGAAUCGUUGGGCUCAUCUAACAGGAACUCCGGUGCAAAUUAUUGUACGAGACUCUCCCAUCGCAGACCAGGCAGAUAGCUUGACGUUGAUGCGAUUCAAGUUUGACAUCGAGCGCCAGACUGGGAAAAAGCUGGCGUUGGAGGCACUUUCCCAGGCUACCACUAUGAAGGAUCUUUUGGUCCUCCAAAAAGAGUCACCACUAAAGUCACCAUUAUCGAGCCAUUUGCCCGCUCCAAAGGAAGGGCCACCGGCGCCUGAGGACAUGGUACAUUGCCGCGACACGGAAUACGAUCCUCAACAAACUAUCGACGCUUUCAACCCGAUUCUAUCGAAUCUUGGCCGUACGUGGGAACAGGAUGUCGAGUCAUGCUAUCCAAUGCCAGACUUCCCCCGGAAAUUUGUUCAUGGGCCACGACCCAACGCGCCGCUGAUUAAAGUGGCGCUGAGAGUUUCUGAAAAAGAUGUGUCUCGGCUUCGAAAAGCUAUAGAACAGGCAUUGGCCCAGUGGCCCGCAACCCGAGUCCUCAUUACUCCUUUCGAUGCUGAGCUGAUGUUAUAUGCCGUUCUACGUGCCAGCUCAUUCUUUGACCUUUGCAUCACGGAGAACUCGACCGUCGAGAGGUAUGAAGAUCUCAUGAACAUGGAAUUUUCAGAUGCUUGUGACACCCGCCUCGGGUUCGAGCAAGGCGUGCUUUUCAGGGUGCAUAUCGUACGGAUAUCUAGCACGGGUGGCUUGGGAGUUGUUGCUCUUGCACAUCACGGCAUGAUAGACGGUGUAUCCUUCUCCAACUGGGCACAGGAUCUCAAUCAGAUUCUACGCGAUGGUAAAGCUCCUCCUCGAACCUCGUUCCAAGUCUUCGCCGAGCUAUUCUACACCUAUCGCAAAUCCCUGUCUGCUCAACGCAGCAUAGACUACCACGUGAACCGUCUCCGUGGAAUUGAACAAAACCGUUCUUCUCUGUGGCCUCCGGCUCGCACAUCGCAAUUCUUCCUCGGUCCCGAUACCGAGUACGUCGAGCCUGACAAUAGUCCCGGGAAUCCGCGCAAACAUCUCGAUCCAGACGGACAGGCAGUCGGUCUGCGAGGUCUCCAAGCAGAUAUGGAUCUACCAGGUCUUUUCAAUCUUCGGAAUAAGCACAGCGUGCCUGGCCCAGUCGUGCUGAAAGCAGCUAUCGCACUGUUUAACAUGCGUCAGACUAAAACACGAACCGCCAUCUUCGGAGCUACCACAUCGGGACGCUCAUGGCCAUUCUUACCGCCUGCACUGGAAGCCACAAUGCCCGAUCCAAUCGACAUCGCAGGACCAUGCAUAGCCAACAUUGCGGCUAGAGUCCAAAUCGAGGAAGGACAGAAUGGACCGGAAACGAUUGGUCAUCUACUUCAACGACUAGUUGUCGAGAAUGAAAACAUCAAUCGCCAUAUGCAGGCACCACAGGAGUUGAUGCAAAAGCAGCUCGGCGAGAAAGAUGCUCAGACUAUCAUUGAUGCACGUCGCCAUCAAAUCUUUAACUUCUUUGGUGGAUAUAUGCAAGCUGGGGCAGACGUGGGAGACGAGGGCCGUCUCGUCAGAACAGUCGGCCAAGAAUGGACCGCAGACAUUGCAUUCGUGUGGAAAGGCGCUCCUCUUGGCCCUGGACGUAUGCGCGUUUGGGUGCAUUGGGAUGGAGCGCAGGUAUGUCGAGAAGAAGUUCAGAAGUGGCUGGAUGAACUUGUUGAUCUUUCAAAGCAGAUCACAGCGGAGGAUGCAUGGGAAAGAAAGGCUACGGAUUUUCUUUAG